GUUUAGUGAAGUCCCUUAAAGCAAUCAAUGCUGCAUCUUGGCAUGAGGUGUUUCUUGGGCUUUGGAUGGCUGCUCUACGCCUUGUUCAGAGAGAGAGGGAUCCUAUUGAGGGACCCUUGCCUCGGCUGGACACUCGUCUGAGCAUGUUACUGUCAAUUACGACCCUCGUGGCCGUGGAUCUCGUCGAGGAAGAGGAAUGUGUUUCGACGGAUAAAAUUGAAUAUGAUUCUGGGAUUGAACAUCGCGUUCCCGGCAAAAGGCGCAUGGAUUUGAUUUUCAGUGUCCAGAAUCUGCAUGGCUACCAGAGCUUGCUGGCCCCACCUCAGACAGUCAUAUCCGCUGCCAAUCAGGCGGCCACUAAAGCAAUGAUGUUUGUGUCGGGCAUCAAUGUUGGCAAUUCUUACUUUGAGUGCAUAAGCUCGAUGGAUAUGCCGAUUAACUGCU